AUGAAGGCCAUCUUUGCUGCUGCGCUGUUCGCCCAGGCGACUGGCGCGCUCAAUAUCUUGAUGAACAACGAUGACGGCUUCGGCGUCUCUAACAUCCGCGAGUUGUAUCGUCUUCUUGUCGAGGCGGGCCACCAUGUUGUCAUGGUCGCCCCUGCGACCGACCAGUCCGGCCAGGGCGGCCGCAUGAGCAUCGACACCUCACCCACACUCUCAAAAGCUACGCCGUACGGCAUCGUCCCUGCUGGCUCCCCUUCUCUGGGCAGGGAUCCCCACGACGGUAACAUCUGGUACUACAACGGCACGCCGGCAACUUGCACCAUGGUCGCGCUCGACUACGUCCUGCCCAGAUUCUUCCCCAACAUGUCGACCCCGGACCUCUUUGUUGCCGGCCCCAACUUUGGCAAUAACGUGGGCACGUUCGCGUUCACCGGCUCCGGCACCAUCGGGUCCACUUACACCGCCAUUCAGCGCAACAUCCCCGGCAUCGCCUUCUCGGCCGCGAACCCGACCUCGAGCUACCUCGAGGUCAACAGCACCAACCACCCUGCGACCUUGGCGGCCGUCCAGGCCGUCAAGUUUGUCAACAAACUUGCCAAGAACACCCCUGCCGGCAAGCCGCUCCUCCCCCUGGGCUAUGGCAUCAACGUCAAUAUCCCGAACCUGAAUAGCACCUGCAGCAGCCCCCGCCUUGUACAGACCCGUUUCUCGGGCAAGUCUGGCAUGCCCAAGCUGGCAUUCAACGAGACAAGCGGCCUCGUGGGGCUGGCCGGCAGUCCCAGCAACUAUCUGGGAUAUGUGACUGAGGGCGCGAAUCAGUGCAUCAAUGGUGACUGCAAGCUGGUGGGCGAGAGCGUGGCCGUCCUGGAAUGCGAGACGGCUGUCACCAUCUUCACGGUGGACUACACUGCCCCAGUCAACGAUAAGACGGAUGGUGUUGUGAAAGCAGUUUUCGGUGGCUCGACUUCAUGCCAGCCGAGGAAACAGUAA